CCCGACCCGACCUAAACCGGACCACGAGUACAUACACACAUCUUCAGAUGUAGUAGAUACGUAUAGUACACUGCAGGAUUAUAUAAUUGUUAGGCUCAGGAGAAUUGACCUUUGAAUAUUUCAUACGGUUAAAAAAAUUCUUCUAUAUAAACUGAAGAUGCUUUGAAUAUUUGUAUUCUCUGUGUAUGUUCAAAACCGUAUAAUUAACAACCAAAAAAAGAAAGCUUCCUUUAUUUGUUUUUUUGAGUUUUCGUUGAUCGAUUGGUUAAUUCUGUCAUAUCAAUUUGUUCUCGAUUCUUCGCGGCCAUGCAAAUUUAAUGUUUUCGUUUGUUUUUGGUGGUGAUUAUGGGCGCGAAUAUCUCUGGAGGUUUGACGGAGUUUGACCGGGACGGUGACGUUUACGCGAGGAAACCCGGAUUGGUGGAUUUACCGGAGAAUUGUGUAGCGUUGAUUAUGAUACGGCUUGAUCCACCGGAGAUUUGUAGGCUUGCUCGUCUCAAUAGGAUGUUCCGUCGCGCUUCGUCAGCUGAUUUCAUAUGGGAAUCAAAGUUGCCUUCGAAUUAUCGUGUUAUUGCACACAAGGUGUUUGAUGAAAUUACUCUGAGGAAAUUAAUUAAGAAAGAUCUUUAUGCUAAGCUUAGCCGGCCUAAUCUCUUCGAAGAUGGCACAAAGGAAUUGUGGAUAGAUAAGAACACGGGUCGUCUUUGUUUAUCUAUUUCUUCAAAGGCACUAAGGAUUACUGGAAUUGAUGAUCGGAGAUACUGGAGUCAUAUCCCAACCGAUGAAUCCAGGUUCCAGUCAGUUGCUUAUGUUCAACAGAUAUGGUGGUUUGAAGUAGGAGGAGAGUUUGAGAUCCAGUUUCCAUCUGGAACAUACAGUCUCUUCUUCCGUAUCCAGCUCGGUAAAACAUCGAAGAGGCUUGGAAGGAGGAUCUGCAACUCUGAACAUAUUCAUGGAUGGGACAUAAAACCUGUGAGGUUCCAGCUCGCCACUUCAGACAACCAACAAGCUGUUUCAUUUUGUUAUCUGAAUAAGAACCCUGGGAGCUGGAGUCACUAUCACGUUGGAGAUUUCAAAGUGACAAAUCCAGAUAUAUCAACCGGAAUCAAAUUCUCGAUGACUCAAAUCGAUUGCACUCACACGAAAGGUGGGCUAUGCAUAGACUCUGUUCUUAUAUUACCUAAAGACUGUGCAAAAGAAGUCAUUGGAUCACAAUAGUUUUGUAGAUAUAGAGUGAGAGAUUGUUGUAAAGGGUGAGAGAAUAUUUUUUUCAGUGAAACAUUCACUAUACUCUGCUUUUUUCUUGAUCUGGGAUGCAUUCUCAAGAUGAAUCUCAGAUCUGGAACUUGUGUACACAUAGUUGGGUUGUCUCUAGUUUUGUCUGUAGUGAUUGUAAGUACAAGUUCUCCAUUCAGAGAUUAUAACACUUUUUGCUUCUUCUUUUA